CCACACCACACCCAUGACGUUGAAAUUUGUACAAUACGGAAUUAGGUACCCAAGUAUCUUUGUGAAGCUUCCAGCAUCUAAUCGCAUCCCGAAUUCUUCUACCUUCGCUUCCUUCUAAGUCAUAUGUCACAUACGCUUUCACCGCGAGGUGGUUGAACCCCUCCUAGGGUCCCUGAUUAAAGACGUAACAGAACGUCUUUCUUAAGUCAUCUAUCUCCAUUAGGCACCAAUUGAUCGCCUUUUAGCUUAGCUGCAAACAAUCGUUACCUAGGUAGAGAUCGAAAAUACCUACAGGUCGAAUUAGACGGAAUGGAAACAACAACAACAAUAAUGGCACAACAACAACAACAGACGACCCAGCCGCUCUUCGGCAUCGUCCCAGCCGGACAGCCGCUUAUUACCGUGCCCUCCUCCCAACCUAGCCCCACGUCGUUUCUAUACGCGAUCCCGCAUCCCGUGCCCUCGCCCGAGAACCCCACCCCGAAACCCUUCGCCCACAUCGCCGUCUUCCUCCUCCCUGGCGUUACCCUCCCCGAAGGCACCGCUGCCGCCAUCUACGUGGCGCUGAACCCGACCGCUUUAGCCAGCGGCCAAGAGGAGCCCAACUUCAAGUUCCUGGGGGGCGUGGGGCCCGGCAAGGAGAGCGCCGUGUUCAAGCUCUCUCCACCUUCUUCUUCAUCAUCUACUCCUAACCCCGAGGGCGUGAUAAUCGGGAUCAGCGUGGAGGACGCAGCAUCGGUAGCCGAGCGCAUCCAGCAACUGCACGCGAACGACUCCAAUGGAAAUACAACGCAGCAGCAGCAGCAGGCGUCGGCCCAGGUCCUGGCACAGCGCAUAAUACAAAACGCAUUCAACUUCCUAGCCGGGUUCAGCGGCAAGGUAGGCGCCGAGGGCACCGAGGUCGUGCCUCUAAAGGCCUUCCAAGAGUGGUGGCGCAAGUUCGAAAACAAGGUCCGGAACGACCCUACGUUUCUCGAGAGGGAGCAGGAGUAAUUGCAGCAGUAUUUUCCUCAAAGUGGGAGGCUUAGGUACUACGUAUAUUGCAUAGGACGAGAAAAUAAGGGAGACGGGGAAAAGGUGGAAGAAAAUGGUAGCAGACUUCUACUGCUGUUGGCUGUUCUAAUAUUUGACUCCCGUGAGGAACAGGCCGGUCGAAAAGGUUGAAUAUAAAAGGAUAGAUUUUCCUUGGUAGAGAAGGACGAUGCCACGGCCACCACCUCUGAGCUAUGGUCGAGCGAUACUGGAAUAGACAAAGGCUAUUGCAUAUCUAGGUAGAGGUUUCUAAAAGUUUCAUAGGCUUUCAAUUUAGUGUAUAUAAAUCUCACGCCAAAUACUACUUCACCAGUCAAG